AUGGAGCCAAGGAAUGAUACACGAAUUUCAGAAUUUCUUCUUCUGGGAUUAUCAAAGGAUCCAGAACUGCAGCCCCUCCUAUUUGGCCUUUUCCUCUCCAUGUACCUGAUCACUGUAUUUGGAAACCUGCUCAUCAUCCUGGCCGUCAGCCUAGACCCCCACCUCCACACGCCCAUGUACUUCUUCCUCUCCAACCUGUCCUUGGUUGACAUCUGCUUCACCUCCACCACCAUCCCCAAGAUGCUGCAGAACAUCGGGACACAGAGUAAAGUAAUAACCUAUAAUGGUUGUAUCACCCAGAUAUACUUCUUCCUGCUCUUUGCUGGAUUAGACAACUCUCUCCUGGCUGUGAUGGCCUAUGACCGCUUCAUGGCCAUCUGCCAUCCCUUGCAGUACAUGAUCAUCAUGAAGCCCUGGAACUGUGGACUGUUGGUUUUGGUGUCCUGGAUCAUGAGUAUCCUGAAUUCCUUGCUACAAAGUUUAAUGGUAAUGUGGCUGUCAUUUUGCACACACUUGGAAAUUCCUCACUUUUUUUGUGAAAUCAAACAGGUGGUCCAACUUGCUUGUUCUGAUACCUUUUUUAAUGACCUGGUGAUGUAUUUUGCAGCUGGGUUGCUAGGUGGUGUCUCCCUUUCUGGUAUCCUUUACUCAUAUUUUAAGAUAGUUUCCUCCAUACAUGGAAUCUCAUCAACUAAAAAGAAGUAUAAAGCAUUUUCCACCUGUGCCUCUCACCUCUCAGUUGUCUCCUUAUUCUAUUGUACAGUCCUAGGAGUGUACUUUAGCUCUGCUGCUACUUACAGCUCACACUCCAGUGCAAUAGCCUCGGUGAUGUAUACUGUGGUCACACCCAUGUUGAACCCCUUCAUCUACAGUCUGAGGAACAAAGACAUAAAGAGGGCCCUGAAAAAAAUCAUUGGGAUGGUAGUUAUGUAA